UGUACUUUCUUUUUCACAUGACUGUAUGUGCGACUGUUAAAGAAUCAUGUUGCACUAUCCAAAGAACAACAAACGUUUUUUCUGAUUUCACAUUCUUCUUUAACUCUACACUUCUCCUCACCCAUGUUCACUUUCCUGUCUCUGUCUCUUACUCUUUCUCCCUGCUGUUCAGCCCCAGGUGUUGAGUUUGUGGAUAAUCACAGGGCCACUCUCAUUCAGAGGGUGAACCCAGUUGACCCCAUAGCGGAUGAACUGCUAUCAGAAAAGAUGAUCCAUCAGGAGAGCUACAACAGGGUCCAUGCUGCUACAACCCCUCAGGACAAAAUGAGAGAGCUGUAUAAAGUCCUGGAUUCUGGGGGAACAACAGUGAAAAACAAGUUCUACUCAAUUCUGCAAAAGAACUACAGACCUCUUGUCGAAGACUUGGCUUCGUCGCCAGAAUGCCAACAGGCUCCAGGUUCUCAAACACAUGAUACAGGGUAUCUGCAGACACUGAAAGACAAACACAAGGAAGCUUUAAAGAGGAAGUUUGAGGUUGUGUCUGAGGGAAUUGCUAAGCCAGGAGAGCAGACCCUCCUUGAUGACAUCUUUACACACAUGUGGAUAAGUGAGGGCAGCUGUGUUGAGGUGAAUCAUGAACAUGAGGUCAGGCAGGUAGAGACCGUCUCCAAAACCAAAAAAUCAGAGAUUCGCUCCAUCAACUGCAGCGAUAUUUUCAAACCACUGCCAGGACAGACCAGACCCAUCAGGACUGUAAUGAUGAAAGGAGUCGCUGGCAUCGGGAAAACAUUCUCUGUGCAGAAAUUCAUUCUCGACUGGGCUACUGGAAAAAACAACCAGGACUUCGAUUUUAUAUUUUUUCUUCCAUUCCGUGAAUUAAACUUGAUCAAAUCAGAAAUGAGUUUACGGGAAUUGGUUCUGUGUUUCUGUCCAGAGAUAAAAUCCUCUGAUAAUGUUUUAGAUGGCCACAAAGUCCAGUUCAUCUUGGAUGGUCUGGAUGAAAGCAAAUAUCCUUUGAACUUUAAAACAAAUCAGAGGUGGUCUGAUGUGAAAAAGCAAGCUUCAGUGGACGUGUUGUUAACAAACCUCAUCAAGAGGAACUUUCCU